CAUAGGCAUAGCACACCCUUAAAGGCAAUGACUUAAAAGGGAUGAAGAGUGUGUAAGUGAAAGGGGCUGGCUGCUCUCGCAUUUGUUCCUUGUUAUUACGGGAUUCCAACGAAACCAUAUACCAAGAUAGAGAGAGAGAGAGAGGGAAAGCCCUAUUCUGCUUCCUACUCAUACCUGCUUCUUGCUUCCUUGCUCGCUCUAAUUGGAACAAAAUUGGGGAAAUUUGCGGCCAACCUAACAUAAAACCCUAGCUUCCGAAGCUAUUUAAUGCCGCUGCAACGAACGGUAUAGAACGGAACACAGAUCGGAAAAGAGAACCCUAAUUUCUGAGGAUUGAGAGACAGACAUGGCUGCGGAGUUAGGGCAACAGACGGUGGAGCUGUCGACCCUGGUUUCCCGAGCUGCCCAAGAUUCAUACAGCAACCUGAAAGAACUGGUUGAGAAAUGCAGGUCCACCGAAUUGUCCGAUACAGACAAGAAGAUCAGUAUCCUCAAGUUCCUCAGCAAGACCCAGCAGCGCAUGAUCCGCCUCAAUGUGCUCUCCAAGUGGUGCCAACAGGUUCCUUUGAUAAAGCACUGCCAGCAGCUGGCUUCGACUGUUUCAAAUCAUGAUAUGUGUUUUACUCAAGCUGCGGAUUCUUUGUUUUUUAUGCACGAGGGGCUUCAGCAAGCCCGUGCUCCUGUUUAUGAUGUGCCCUCUGCCAUUGACAUUCUCUUAACGGGGAGUUACCAGCGGUUGCCUAAAUGUAUAGAGGAUGUUGGUACUCAGUAUACCUUGAAUGAAGAACAGCAAAAGCCUGCUUUGAAGAAGCUGGACGCGCUUGUGCGGUCGAAAUUGCUAGAAGUUUCUCUUCCGAAGGAAAUUUCUGAGAUAAAAGUUUCGGAUGGUACGGCAUUGAUUAAGGUGGAUGGAGAGUUUAAGGUUUUAGUGACUCUUGGUUACAGGGGACACUUGUCCAUGUGGAGGAUAUUACAUUUGGAGCUGCUUGUUGGUGAGAAGAAUAAACCUAUCAAACUGGAAUUAAUGCGGCGCCAUGUUCUUGGGGAUGAUCUAGAGAGACGAAUGGCGGCAGCAGAAAAUCCAUUUUCAAUAUUGUACUCGGUUCUUCACGAUCUAUGUGUUUCACUUGUUAUGGAUACUGUCAUCAGGCAAGUGCAAGCUCUUCGACAAGGAAGAUGGAAAGAUGCAAUUCGAUUUGAGCUCAUAUCCGAUGGUGGAAUGGGUCAUGCGGCAGGUUCCAGUUCCAUGCAGAACCCUGACGGGGAAUCUGAUUCAUCCGGUCCUCGAACUCCUGGUUUAAAAAUCAUAUACUGGCUGGAGUUCGAUAAAAAUGCUGGCAUGUCUGACUCAGGUGCAUGCCCAUUCAUAAAAAUUGAAGCUGGGCCAGAUCUUCAGAUAAAGUGCAUACACAGCAAUUUUGUCAUAGAUCCACUAACAGGCAAGGAGGCAGAGUUUUUCUUGGACCAGAGUUGUAUUGAUGUUGAGAGGUUGCUGUUAAGAGCUAUUAGCUGCAACCGGUAUACUCGUCUACUGGAAAUUAAAAGAGAACUGGGAAAAAAUAACCACGUCUGUCGAGCAGCAGAUGAUGUUGUACUCCAGUCUCACUUGGGUGGACCUGAUGUUGAAUGUAAACAGAAGGAUGAUAAAGGCUUCAGCAAGGAAUCUGAAGGGUAUGAGGUGUUGCGUGUGCGUGCCUAUGCCUCAUGUUUUUUUACUCUUGGAGUUAAUAUCAGAAAUGGCCGUUUCCUUCUUCAAUCAUCGCAAAACAUAGUUGCUUAUUCAGCAUUGUUAGAAUGUGAAGAAGCUUUGAAUCAGGGAUCUAUGACUGCAGCUGAUGUAUUUGUAAGCUUGAGAAGCAAAAGUUUAUUGCACUUGUUUGCAUCGUUUAAGCUGUUAGAGACUCAGCCAGAUUCUUCUGGAAAAGAUACUUUAUUUGGUGUCCUUAAUCAGGUGCUGCGGGUCAAAAGAAUUGAUAUAGGACAGCUGCAGGCACUUAAAGAUGAAAUGAAUUUAAGUCUGGUUGACUGGGGAAAAUUACACUCUCUUUUGCCCAAUGCUGCUUGUCCAAGUCAAGAAUCUGUACGUGAGUUUCUUUCUGAUAUUCGACUUGAGAGUUCCAUACAGAAUGCAAAAGGUCAUCCUUCAGGUUUUUCAUCACUUGUUGAUGAAGUGUUUGGACUCGAGAAAGGUUCUUCUGCAUCUCCAUUCUCUGUUCAAAAUCAUGGAUCCCUACCUUCACAUUAUGGUUCUGUCCCAAUGAAUCUCCAUAGUCUAAAAGCUGGGACCCCAUCUCCAAAGUGGGAAGGAGGCAUGCAAAUAUCUCAGGUUAACAAUGUAACAAAACCUUCAGGUGUUACAAACCACUAUAGUGAUUCCAUGUUCUCAUCAGGCAGUGUGAAGGGCCCAGUUCAAUCCAAUUCUGUUGGAUCAAUUUCCACAGGACAAGGAAGGAGCGCAGCUGGGAAAAGGUUAUUUGUUUCAAAGUCUGAACAGGAUCUGGCUUCUCUUAAAUCUCCGCAUUCAGUUGACAUUGUGUCCUCAACUGCUAUGGAUGAAGAUCAACUUAGAGUACUGAGUGAUUCCUCUAAUGAUGGUUUAGGUGGAAGUCGGUCAUCUCGACUAUUAUCUCCUCCUCUUCCAACUAGUUCUCGCAUAUCUGUACCUAAUUCCAAACCUAAUGGACCUCAAGCUGAAUCACUCAAGGCUGCUGGAGCCAAUUCAUGUGCUUCAACUCCCGUAUCCCAGGUAAUGGAAUCCACAGGCAAUGAAGAUGUUAUACCCAAACACGAUAAAAGAUCUCGGAAGAGAACAGCUUCAGAUAUGUUGAAUUUGAUUCCAUCUCUUCAGGGUCUUGAAAACAACUCAGCAAUUUGCAAGAGGAGAAAGAUUUUGGAUUCAUCUGGCUCUCAACUGCCUUUGCCACAAGGGGUUGUACCUACUGAAAUGAUAUCUAGGGCUGAAGGAUACAGCUAUGGAAAUUUGAUUGCAGAAGCAAAUAAAGGGAAUGCCCCAUCUAGCAUUUAUAUAGCAGCCCUGCUUCAUGUGGUCCGGCACUGUUCACUUUGCAUUAAGCAUGCUAGGCUGACGAGCCAAAUGGAUUCAUUAGAUAUCUCAUACGUCGAAGAAGUGGGUUUAAGAAGUGCAUCCUCUAACAUUUGGUUCCGACUUCCAUUUGCCAGAGGUGAUUCAUGGCAACAUAUAUGCUUGCGACUUGGCAGACCUGGUUGCAUGCAUUGGGAUGUUAAAAUAAAUGAUCAGCACUUCAGGGAUUUAUGGGAGCUUCAGAAAGGGAGCUGUGCUACACCAUGGGGCUCAGGUGUUCGAAUCGCCAAUACGGCUGACAUUGAUUCACACAUACAUUAUGAUCCAGAUGGUGUUGUUUUGAGCUAUCAGUCAGUUGAGGUAGAUAGUAUAAAGAAACUAGUGGCUGAUAUACAAAGGCUUGCUAAUGCAAGAACUUUUGCCCUUGGCAUGCGGCAAUUGCUUGGGGUAAGAGCUGAUGAGAAGUCAGAAGAGACAAGUUCUGAUGCCAAAGUAUCGGGUACAAAGUUUGCUUCAGACACUGCGGAGAAAGUUACAGAACAUAUGAGAAAAGCAUUCAAGAUUGAGGCAGUUGGACUGAUGAGCUUGUGGUUUAGCUUUGGUUCAGCUGUCCUUGCUCGUUUUGUUGUUGAGUGGGAAUCUGGUAAAGAGGGUUGCACAAUGCAUGUAUCUCCAGACCAACUUUGGCCCCAUACUAAGUUUCUGGAAGAUUUCAUAAAUGGAGCUGAAGUUUCAUCGCUUUUGGAUUGCAUUCGGCUGACCGCGGGUCCCUUGCAUGCUCUGGCUGCUGCAACCAGGCCAGCUCGAGCUGGUCCUGUUCCGGGGGUUGCAGCUGCUCUAUCUUCCAUUCCUAAACAAACUGGUUAUAUACAACCACAAGGACUUCUUGGUAGCUCAACUUCAAACGUUGGCCAGCCUACCUCUGGUCCUGGGGGAAACACUGCCAUGUCUGCUCCUGGUGGUCUUACCAAUCAAACCCUAUCCAUGUUAGCUGCAGCUGGGCGAGGUGGGCCGGGCAUUGUUCCAAGUUCACUUUUACCUAUCGACGUCUCUGUUGUGCUCCGCGGUCCGUAUUGGAUACGAAUCAUGUACAGGAAACAGUUUGCUGUUGACAUGCGUUGCUUUGCCGGUGAUCAGGUGUGGUUGCAGCCUGCAACACCGCCUAAAGAGGGUCGUCUUUCUGGAGGGUCAUUACCAUGCCCCCAGUUUCGCCCUUUCAUCAUGGAACAUGUUGCCCAGGAGCUGAAUGGAUUAGAUCCUAAUUUCACUGCGCAACAGGCAGGCGGACUGGCAAAUUCAAAUAAUCCAAAUCCUAGUUCAAGUUCCCAGUUAAUGGGUGCAAAUGGAAGUAGAAUAAACUUGCCAGCUUCUGCUGCAAUGUCUAGGACAGGAAAUCCAGCAGCUGGUUUAAAUCGUGUGGGAAAUGCAUUGGCAGGGCCUUCAAAUUUAGCUUUGAUGAACUCUGCUGUCUCUUUACGUAGGCCACCUGGAGCAAUUGUCCCUGCCCACGUUAGAGGCGAGCUGAACACAGCCAUUAUUGGCCUUGGUGAUGAUGGAGGAUAUGGGGGUGGCUGGGUUCCUCUUGUUGCACUUAAGAAGGUUCUCAGAGGUAUUCUUAAGUAUCUUGGAGUACUAUGGUUAUUUGCCCAGUUGCCAGAUCUUUUGAAAGAGAUUCUAGGAUCCAUUUUGAAGGAAAAUGAAGGUGCACUUCUGAACUUGGACCCAGAGCAGCCUGCAUUGCGUUUUUUUGUGGGGGGCUAUGUGUUUGCUGUCAGUGUCCACAGAGUUCAGCUGCUUCUUCAGGUGUUAAGUGUGAAACGCUUUCAUCACCAACAGCAGCAACAGCAGCAAAACUCAAAUCCUGCACAAGAAGAGUUAAGUCAAACAGAAAUAAGUGAAAUAUGUGACUACUUCAGUCGUCGGGUUGCAUCAGAGCCCUAUGAUGCUUCUCGUGUUGCAUCAUUCAUAACUAUGCUCACCUUACCUGUCUCAGUUCUUAGAGAAUUCUUGAAAUUAAUAGCUUGGAAAAAGGGAUUAUCCCAGGCACAAAUUGGGGACAUGGUUUCAGCUCAAAAACCACGAAUUGAAUUAUGUCUUGAAAAUCACGCAGGGUUGACCACAGAUGACAACUCUGAGAGCUCAUCUGCUUUCAGAAGCAACAUCCAUUAUGACCGGAAUCAUAAUUCUGUUGAUUUUGCACUGACUGUUGUUCUUGAUUCUGCUCACAUCCCUCAUGUCAAUGCUGCCGGCGGUGCUGCUUGGUUACCGUACUGUGUUUCAGUAAGGUUGAGAUAUUCUUUCGGCGAAAGUCCCAGUGUAUCCUUUCUUGGUAUGGAAGGUAGCCAUGGAGGUAGGGCCUGUUGGUUGCGUGUCGACGAUUGGGAUAAGUGUAAACAGAGGGUGGCACGAACUGUGGAGGUCAGUGGGAGCUCACCAGCCGAUGCAAGUCAAGGUAGGCUAAAAUUGGUUGCAGACAGUGUGCAAAGGAAUCUGCACAUGUGCCUUCAAGGGCUAAAAGAUGGUAGUGGGGUUCCAGCCAACUUUGGAGCAACAUGAUUGUUUUGCUGCUAGCAGCAGUGUUUAUACAUAUAGUUUCGGGGUAGUGUUGUCAAUACUGCAUGGGUUAAGUUAUAGGUUGUGCAGUUUCCUUUGGAAAUGAGGUUUUGCUGUAAUGGAGAAAAAGGGCACAGGUGAUAAUAACAGCCGAUUUUUUAUGGAAGAAUGACGUUUUCCGGGCGCCAAUACUAGAUAACUAACAGAGGUUCAUAAUAUCAGUAUUUGAAGUUUUCUUCAGAACAUUUAAGAUUGGAAUUAGGUUGUACAAUAUCUUUUGGUGAUAGUGUAGUCAUGGUAUAAGCUUUUGGGUGGUGGAUUUUCUUUCUUGUACAGAUGACAAUAUCAAAUGAAUAGAUUAGUAAACCAAA